AUGGUGAAAGCAGUCGUCGGAGAAGAGUCGCGCCUCAAAUUGGUCGAAGAUCGUCUCAGUCAAGUUGAGAUAGGAUUGGUGAUCGGAAAAUUGAGCAAGAGCUUAGACAAAGGCUUCGUUUACGAUUUGAUUCCGACUCCUCUGAAUGACGCCGGAGAGCCUGCUGCUUCGCUGAUUGAAACCGCUAGUAGAGAUGAUACUAAGAAGAAAGGCUCCAAAGCAAAGCCUCAGUCCGACUCUUCCACAUUGUUUAUCGACAAGGAUUGGAUCGCUGAACAUGCUCGCCAGGUCUCAAGAAUGCUGCUUGGUGGCAUGAUGGUUAUUGGUGUCUAUAUAUCAGUCAACGAGAGCUGUUUCAAAAAUUCAACCACACUACUCUGUCAGACUGUCAAAGUAGCUGCUGAUGCUGCACCCUCGUUUGACUCUGAAACAGACGAGAGACUUCUCAUUCAUAUUAGUUAUAGUCCCAGGAGAUGGACCUGUCGUAAUUGUUCGCUGGCAAGUAGUAUAACAUCUGGUAGUUUACGGCCAUGUGAUUUCAAGCUAGGAAAAGUUUUGGCUUCCCUGAAAGAGCUGAGAUGCAUAUAUAACUUCAGCAUAAGAUUGCCAGUUCACUCAGAAAAGGAACAACGCAGAAAUUUCAGUGAUGUUCUUCGCCAGGGACUUUCAUCUCAUACUAAAGCCCUUAAGAGUGCAAAGUGUCUAAUCGAUGGAAAGCUGGUAAUUGAGGAAGACCAGUUUGUACCUGAUGGUCCGCAUGAAGUUGAAUUUCUUUUACCUUUUAUGCAAGAUGACGAGGUGGUCGGUGUACUUGUCUUCAAAGGCUCUGUGUGUUCUUUUGCAUACUUGAAUCCAAAAGAAUUUAUUUUGCAAGCUUUGCAUGACAUAAAGGAAGACAUCAUCAAGAGUUUAAAUAGUCGAUUGGACAUCUUGUGUGAUGAAGCAGAGGGAGAAUCGGAAUCAGUAAAUAAAGACCAAGAAGCAAGCACUCAUACACCGACAUCAAAACAAGUGUUGCAGCUUAACUUGCAGUUCAAGAGACAAUACUCAAGCCUGUCAUUUCCUCGAAGAGUAUUCAUUCCAUGGCUGGCGAGUGCAUAUAUCUGUGACUAUGUCCUGCCUUCGGAAACAAUUGAGGUUAUCAAAGACCAUUGUGUUGAGCUGAUGUCGAUGGAGGCUCCACAAGUUGCUUCUGAAAUUUUGGAGCUUGAAUCUGAAGCCUCUCUGGUAACCUCAACGACUAAGUCUUUUUCAGACGUUGCAAAUUCAGCUUCCAAGUCGGAUAGUUCACUUUCAGUCAGAAGUGCAGGAACUGGAAAUGCCACAUCGGUUCAGAGUGCUACCAAAUCAACCCCCUCUACAACCUUCGCAGCCUUAUUCGUUCUUUUCAUGUCUAUUUUGGUGGGUUUGAUCCUGCUAUUCCUCCGGUCGUAG